AUGGAUGACUACGAACUCGACCGAAUAGCCUCGGACAACCCAGCUUUGACCGCGCCCACAGCGCAGGGCGUGCCAAUCAAUCGCCACAGAUCCAAUGGCUGGACGAAAGCGUCUGCAAGUCAACCUGAAGACUCACAACAUGCCGAAACUCCCGAGAACCUGACCAAAUACGAAGUUGGCUGGCGUAGGAUCGUCAGGAACUUUUCGCCAUCAUGGUUCUCAGUCACUAUGGGCACGGGGAUUGUCUCGUUACUUCUCGUCGCUAUUCCCUUCAAGGCAAACUGGCUCUAUUGGCUCGCAGUAGUCUUCCUGGGACUCAACACCAUUCUAUUCACUUGUGCUUUCUCCAUUUCCGUCUUUCGAUAUGCUGUCUAUCCUGAGAUCUGGACAGUUAUGAUCGCCGAUAGUGUGAACUCGCUGUUUCUGGGAACAAUUCCCAUGGGCUUCGCUACGCUAAUCUCAGCAUGGUGCUCCGUAUGCAUUCCAUAUUGGGGGUCUUGGGCGGUUACUUUCGCCUGGGUUUGCUGGAUCAUUGACGCUGUGGUUGCUGUAGCUGUCACUAUCUCUCUGUCCGUCCUGUUGAUAUCGGCGUCACAGCGACAGGCUCUCGAUCGCAUAACCGCAGCUCAAUUGUUGCCAAUCGCUGCAUCCAUUGUCGCUGCUGGUACUGGUGCCAGGGUCGCUGAACAUCUUCCAGACCCGGAGAAGGCCCUUGGCACGUUACUUGCAUCCUACAUCAUGUGGGGCAUGUCGACACCGCUGGCAAUGACGGUAAUAGUCAUGUACUAUACGCGUCUCGCUCUUCACAAGCUGCCUCCUCGAGAAAUUGUCGUCUCCUCCUUUCUACCAUUGGGUCCAUUAGGCAUGGGUGGUUACUCUAUCACGUAUCUUGGCAACGUUUCCCGCCGCGUCUUCCCCCAGACCGAAUUCUUCUCCGAGAUGCCGGUUGCUGGCGACAUGUUCUUUGUUCUUGGUAUUUUCAUCGCACUCAUAAUGUGGGCCUUCGGUCUCACCUGGCUAUGCUUCGCACUCGCAUCUAUUUACAAAGCACGGCCGUUCCCCUUUAACAUGGGUUGGUGGGGCUUUACAUUUCCGCUUGGAGUUAUGGCACUUAGUACCAUUCAGUUUGGAACUAUAUUUCCAAGCCUAUUCUUCAAAGUCCUUGGGACGAUUUUUGCAGUUGCUGUCAUACUGCUUUGGUGCGUGGUAGCUGCCGGAACGGCCAGGGGUGCUUGGAAUGGCAGGCUGUUCAAUGCACCCUGUCUCAAGAAUUUACCGAAGAAAGAAGACAAAGAAGAGCUAGAUGAGGCUGAGAAAGAGAAAGGUAUGCCUCGGGGUUGA